AAGACAUUAACUAAUAAAACCAAAAUAAAAACUCAUUCGCAUUUCACAAACCACCAUCAUCAUCACCAUUUCAAUUCUCAGAUCCAAACGCAGAAGAGAGAGAGAGAAGAGAAAGAGAGAGAAUGGAAGCCAUUGAUUCUGUGUUCGAUCCCCUCAGAGAAUUCGCCAAGGACAGCGUCAGGCUCGUCAAGCGUUGCCACAAACCUGAUCGCAAAGAAUUCUCCAAGGUUGCUGUUCGUACCGCAAUUGGUUUCGUUGUGAUGGGAUUCGUUGGGUUUUUCGUGAAGCUCAUCUUCAUUCCAAUUAACAACAUCAUCGUUGGAUCUGGUUAGGAUAAGGGAAACUAGAAUCGCCUCAGGAAUUCAAGUUGAUAGUUAAGCAAAAGGAGGCAAAAGAGUUCCCGCUUCACAUGAUCGUUCAGUGUACUUAGUCUUAGUUUCUCUGUAUUUCAGUUUUGGUUUCUUUUUUUUCUGAUCUUCUGAGCCAGAGUUUUUUCGAAAAUGUAAAACUUUAUAUUCUGUGUUUAGUACUCGACACAUUAUAUGGAUUUAGGAAAAGGAAAACAAAAAUAGACGAAGAAUUGUGUAUUUGCGUAAAA